CCCAGCACCUCCUCCUUCGGAGACACUUCACUGUGAAACUUCUCCCAAAGGAGGAAGCAAUGGAUGUGUCAAUUUCAGAUACAAUUUCAGAUAAAAGUGGGGUGUGGCCAUUGGUGGAGGGGAGGCGGCCUCCUGGUCUUUGACCCUGAAACAGCAAUGCUGCUGUGACAAAAAGCAGCAGAGGAAGUAGACCGGCUGUCGAUGUGGGAGCCUUGCAUUUUCAUGUGUGUGUUUGGAGCCGCAGAGUCCUAGCUAAUUGUAGGUUCCAGUUGUCUCCAGGACGAUCCGGAGUUUGAGCCAAGCGUACAGAAGCCUGGUAGUUUAUGGUAUGGAUAACCUGACCUCUUCUGAUGGCGGGACGGACUCAUGCACCUACCAUGAAGAGUUCAAGCAGAUCCUGCUGCCUCUGGUCUACUCCGUGGUCUUUGUCUUGGGGCUGCCCUUGAACUUCAUUGUCAUCGUCCAGAUCUGGCUGUCCCGGAAGGCGCUGACUCGCAACACCAUCUACAUGCUGAACCUGGCGGUGGCUGACUUACUGUAUGUCUGUUCCCUGCCGCUCCUCAUCUAUAACUACUCCCAGAAGGACUACUGGCCCUUUGGCGAUUUCACGUGCCGGUUCGUGCGCUUCCAGUUCUACACCAACCUGCACGGCAGCAUUCUCUUCCUCACCUGCAUCAGCAUCCAGCGCUACCUGGGGAUCUGCCACCCCCUCUCCACCUGGCACAAAAAGAGGGGGAAAGGGUUCACCUGGCUGGUGUGCGGGGUCGUUUGGUUCCUUGUCAUUGCCCAGUGCUUGCCCACCUUCAUCUUCGCCUCCACCGGGACCCAGAGGAACCGGACGGUCUGCUACGACCUCAGCCCCCCAGACCGCUCUGCCAACUACUUCCCUUACGGCAUCACCUUGACGGUCACGGGGUUCUUGAUCCCCUUCGUCUCCAUCUUGGGGUGCUACUGCUGCAUGACCAAGAUCCUCUGCCAGAAGGACGAGAUGAUUGGGCUGGCCGUCCGCAAGAAGAAAGACAAGGCCAUCCGGAUGAUCAUCAUCGUGGUGCUGGUCUUUGCCAUCAGCUUCUUUCCCUUCCACCUCACCAAGACGAUCUACCUGAUCAUCCGAUCCAUACCAGGGGUCCAUUGCCUCACCAGGCAGGCCUUCGCCAUCACCUACAAGUGCACCAGGCCUUUUGCCAGCAUGAACAGCGUUCUGGACCCCAUCCUCUUUUACUUCACCCAGCGCAAGUUUCGGGAAAGCACCAGGCACCUCUUGGAUAAAGUCAGUUCCAAAUGGAAGCAUGACUCGUGAGGGACAGGCAUGAGUGGAGUGUGGAAGCAAGCAGGCUCCUGCGCCAAGGAAGGGUUGGUGAUGCUCCAGCUGUGUGGCUCCAAGGGCCACCUAUUAGGCAACCUCUCUCACUGCAGGCACCUCGUCUCCCAUCCAGAGGGAACGAUCAGUCUAGCGUAACUAAGAGCCCAAAGACCUCGCUCUGGUUGCCAUGCCAACCCCCUCAGAAGGCCUUAGCUCCUUUGCCGAGCAGGCGAAUGUUACUGUGUAAAUAACUGGACACCAGGACAUUCCUCUCUCCUUUGCGCCAUGGCUGUGAGGAACCGCUCGUCCUGGUUUUGGAGAUGGCCGUUCCAUGACUGCCUCCACAAUUCCUUCAUAGAUCUUCAUGUGUUGGAAGAAUGACCAAGAAGCAGAGCGAGUAGAGGGCAGUGAGAAGAAACGCUACUGACACAACGUUAGGGACAAAGGAAACUGCUUUGUACCAAGUCAGACCAUUGGCCCACCUAGCGCAGUACUGUCUAUACUGACUGGCAGCAGCUCUCUGGGGUUUCAGGCAGGGGUCACCUGCCUGGGGUUGAACCUGGGACUUUCUCCAUGCAGACCACUGAGCUCUGUCAACAGGCACCUUUAGGAGAGAAGAUCCUAAGCUAAUCUCUUUCCUGAGAUAUUUCAGAUGUAAUAAAUGGGGUCUAGAGGACUGGGGAUGGGUUGAGGAACUCGCUUUUUUUUUUUAAAAAAAGCCUUUGGGGCUUAGCUAGGCCAUGUUCAAGAAACAGUAUUAUUACCCUUCUACGAAGAAAGGGCCCUAGUCUUUCAGAUCGCUUGUCAAAUCAGGGAGUUCCAAACAUGACCUGUGAACAGAUUCUUUGACCACAGAUCUGCCACAUACCCACCGGGUACCCAUUCUGAAGACUGUGGGAGUUGCCAUUGGAUGAAACAUGGCCCCAACACACUUCACUUCGAUGAGUUCAGAAACAGGGUGUUGUGCCAUCCACCACCACAUUUCCUAAAGGGACCCUGUUAGGUGUGAUCAAUGUUGGCUGGCUUAAUGUCCUUUCUGUGUGUCCUCGUGUCCUCCCUGCUCCCCUCCUCACACCCCCCUUUAAUUCAUUACGUUGCAAUGAAUUACAGACAUACAACUACAACUUAAUAUACGUUGGCUGCUGUUUAACAAGCCCGUUGAGCAGCAAACAGGAAACGCCUUGUGAGAAAGUUGUGCACAAAUCUGCACAUGCACCACACAGCCUGAAACCCGGGGUGCAGAACUGACCUUCCUAAGAAUGGCAGCAUUCUCCUUUAUGUGCUGUAAAGGACGCAAGUUCCUAGUCUUUCUGGUUGCAGAGAAAUGCAUUAGGAAAAUGUGCAGUGGUGCGCCAAUCCAGAUGCCCAUGGGUGCUCUGAUACAUACAUAGAGUUCUUGUGUACGUAGGCUACUCUGCUCAUGCCUCCACUGUUGGAAGCAGUGUGUCUCUCAAUACCAGUUGCUGUGGAUCACAAGUGAAGAGAGUGUUGUUGCACUCAGGUCCUGCUUGUGAGUGUCCCAUAAUGAGCAUCUGAUUGGCCGCUGUGAGACUAGAACGUUGGACUAGAUAGGCCUUUGGCUUGAAUCUGAUCUUGCUGCAGAGAUCUUCUUAUGCCAGUGCCCCAUAGGUGUACACUUUGGGGUCAGGGUGCCUAAAGGUACACUGCAGGGCAAUGGGUGUUGUAAGUAAAACUGCCAAUGCCUAAAUGUGUUUGGUCCAAUAUGCUGGUUCUGAAUGCUUGGUUGGGAUCCACAACAGUGUUGCAGUGGGUCACGACAGCAGCCCUAUCACCAUGCAAAUAUAUUGGACCAUACAAGUAUUUGGUAAAAUGUGAAGAAGUAGGUCUCCAAAUACAUGUUUAGGCUAGAGGUGGAUCCCAGGUGUGAAAAGGUUUAAAGGCUACCGCUUUAGUGUGCUUACAAGUAUUUAAUUUAUUUCCUUUUUAAUAAAGUUAAAAUACACAUGGCAGGUGCCCACCAAUUUGUGUUCGACUAAGGGAAAUGAAAUGCUAUAUGUUCUCCAGUUUGUACUGAACCCAGGAAAAACCAGCACCCACACUUCCAGCCAGGAAAGCAGUUGAAGCCUCCUGUCCGUCAACCUAUAAAAUCAUGUGCACCUGGAGGGUGAGGCUGCUGUUGCUAGGGCAACCAAUUGCUCAUUCCACUUCUCCUGUUUGAUUGGCACAUGCAGUGGAGGGAAAGAUGCCACUUUUUAUUUGUCAGAAGGGAUGGGUGAGAAUUUCAAUUCAGUUUGCAUUUCAAGCACAAUCUAUCAAAUUUGCACUUUCCAAAACAAUAUGAAAUUUGCGUGUAUUAGAAUUUUGAGAUGCAGUUCGCCAACUAAACAAUAUUUAUAAAAAUGCAUAUAUUAGGGGAAAGUAUAUGAGUGAAAAUAACAUACAAAAUGCAUUAUAUGAUGAGAAACUGCUUGCAAAAAUGUGUUCCUUUGUCAAAACUGCCUACAAAAAUGUGUUUAUUUGGAGAAAUUUGCACUAAAAUGGUGAAGAAUUUUCAUGAGGAUUUAAAAAAAAAAAUUUGCAGAUUGCUGCAGAAAUGUAGAGGACUGAAUUUAACAUUAGGAAAGUGAGAAACAGAGAACUGAAACUGACAAAUCUUUCCAUCCCUACUUGUCAGUCAUUCCAGUGCCUUGGCACUCAUUGGUCGGAGCACUGAAUGGCAAGUGUGGAUUUGUUACAGCCUUGCAAAUGGAAUACAUAGAAAUUAACAGGGAACCCAGGAGUGCUGUUAAUGUUGCGAAGAUACUUGGGUGGAUGCGCCUCAGGUUCACCAGCAUGAUCUGCUUAUCUCAGCCAGUUUUGGCAAAUACUUAUACCUGGUACCCAGGGUACUAAAAGCAUCAAAUAGCCUAGCAGGUUAAAAGACGAUUUAGUGUCCUGAAAAGGAACUCCUUUAUCUGAGGCACACCCUGCAAAUAGUAUGGCAUCUCUAAUAGCACCAGGUUAUUCCCAAGGCUGACAAGUCAACAGAGUGGGAAGACGGUGUAGUGGUUGCAGUGUUAGACUAGAACUGGGGUGCCCCAGGUUCAAAUUCCCCACUCAGUAGUGAAGUGCACUGGGUGACCUUGGCCAUUGUUCCUCUCACCCACCUAACCCACCUCACAAGGUUGUUGUGGGAAUGCAGUGAGAGUGGGGAGAACUAUGUGCACUAUUCUGAGUGCAUACCAGGAAAGGCAGGAUAAAAAUGUAGUAAGCAAAGUAGAAGAAAGCUCAACCGAAAGCAGUUUGGGAAAGAUGUUAGAUCUGAAUUCUUGGCACAAUUUCAGUCUGAUUAAUUGGGCUGGUUGACAGAGGCCAGUGUGGUGUAGUGGUUAAGAUGUUGAACUACGACCUGGGAGACCAGGGUUCGAAUCCCCACAUAGCCAUGAAGCUCACUGGGUGGCUUUGGGCCAGUCACUGCCUCUCAGCCUCAUGAAAACCCUAUUCACAGGGUCGCCAUAAGUCGGGAUCGACUUGAAGGCAGUACAUUUUUUUACACAAUUGGGCUGGUCUGGGGGUGUUGAACAAGUUGCCAGCAUGGUGCUCAACUCCACCCAAUAUUUAACAGCACAGUAGGAAAACAGAGAAAGAGGUCUUCCUGGUAGAAGCAAUGACCUUGAACAAUGUUCUCUAGUAGUAACUUUGCUUCAUAGGGGAUCCCAAAAGAAGGAGACCUGAAACCUUUUCGAAAGAUUGGCCGCCUGUGGUUUUUUCCUAAGCUUAUAACAGAGGUACCAAAAAUUAAAAACACAGGUUUUACUUGCCUCAUUAAUAAGCCUCCUGACAUGAUUGCCAAAUUUAAAUUUUUGAAGGUCUAAUAUGUGUUUCUGAAAACAUCAAGGGAAGCAUUAGACCUUUAAUACGAAGAACAUCACAACUCAGUCUGUCAAGGCUUACCUGCAGAAAUAUGCUGCUGUCAAAGCCUUUACAGAAGCACUUCAAGGGGCAGAUAUGAAACUAUAUGAAAUUAGUUAAUUAGUUAGAUAUGAAAUUAGUUACUGCUUCCUUUUCCCUUAUGAACAAAACGUGGAAAAUGUCCACCUUCAGGGAAAGAAUAGAGCUGCCAAGGAUCUGAAUCUUAGCAUUGCAAAACUGGAAACCAGGGAAGGGGAACCUCCCCCAAACCCCAUAGGCCAACUUUGGCAAUUGUGUGGGACUGCCCACUUGUCAGUCACCUGACAUUAUGAUGAUAUCAGAUCAGAUCACAACUUCAAAUGAGCUCGCUCUCAGUGCCCAUCAGCUGAGAGGAAGUAGCUUUGAAGGUGCACUGUCAGUGCCAAUCAGCUGACAGUGCACUGUCGAAGGACCUCUUUGAAGUCCAUUUCAAAGUGAGGUUUGCAUUCAUCCUGCACCUAGAAAUGGAGCAGAAAAACCUUUGCAGAUACAGUUUGAAUCCAAACCAUUCCUGCAAAUGGUGUGGUUUGGGCAGGUGGCCGUGGAUUAGCAAAAAUGGCCUUGUGAGCCAAACGGGGAGAUCUGCUGGGCCUACUUUGGCUCAAAGGCCGGAGGUUCCCCAAGGCUGCUGGAACCAGCACUAGGAUCUGAUGAAGGUCACUCUGGUGACAGCAGCAAGAGAGAUCACUAGAUCAGGAGGAAAUUUUGCUGCAAGUGGAGCAUCAUUGACUGCCAUUUCAUCACCAGCAGGUCAACACCUAGGGAUGUAGGAAGCUGCUUUAUGCUGAAUGGUCCAUCUAGUUCAGUAUAGCCCACACUGACUGGCAGCAGCUCUUCAGGGUUUCAGGCAGGAGUCUCUCCCAGCCCUACCUGGAGAUGCUGCUGGGGUUUGAACCUGGGACCUUCUGCAUGCAAAGCAAAUAUCUACUUCCCUGCGCUUUGGGCCUUUCACAAAGGUUCCCUUACUUGUCUGGUAACGUUAAUCCUGUCUGAUUGUUUCUGCGAUGCUUCUUGAAAUGGCAGUGCGGCUGUAUUGGGAGGAUGGAGAGCUUUUAGCCCUCCAGAUGUGGCUGGACUACAACUCCCAUGAGUCCUCACCACUGGCUGAGGCUGAUGGGAGUUGGAGUCCAAAAGCAUCCAGAGAGUCGCAGGUUUCCCAGUGCUGUUAUAUUGGGACAAUUGCCACUUCUGUUCUCAGCCAUUUAUAUGCUGCCUUAGAAUUUAGCUCCCUCAGAAUGUGUAUCAAUCUCUGCUGCUGAAUUAGUUUCAUUAACACUGUUCAUCUGUACUAGCAUUUUGGAUUUUGUUAUGCUGGACCCUUUCACCUAUGGGGGUCUUUUCUCUCUUUUAAAUACCCUGGGGAGUGUUGUGGAAGGCAUUUCCUGAUGGGCAGUUUUAGCCAGGAGUCCACAAAUUUUAGAAGCUGAGCAUAACCAGGAUGAGUCCCUGGGCCCAUCCAGGUUGGAGCUGAGGGCUUGUCCCCUACAGGUUCACUGUCAUUGCCAGAGGUGAGUGGGAUAUUUGCUAUCUGCGAAUAGGUCACCUCCGCACCAUGCAUUUAAAACACAUUCACACCACUAGGGUUGCCAGGUUCAUGGCCUGAGACUGAUCCUGUAUCU